CAGGAACAACCAGGAAGAAAUAGGGUACUGGCUUUAGCAACAAUGUCUGAUUCAGUUCUGUGUCAGCAGAUGUCACAGGAUGUUUGGAAACUCCUAACACCAAUGAAAGAUGAUGACAUCUCUGCUGCUGUGCGAAGUGAUUUCUCUAUUCUACAGCUGGCACAGUCAUUUUUAAAUAAACAUGGCCAAGAACCGUCUAAAUAUGAUUACAUUCGACAGAAGCUCAGAGAGGUUGGAAGACUUCUGUUGAUCCUGCGAAAGCAAUCUUCAUUGCAUACGAUUGAGGAUGCUGUUAAGCCUGCACAUUUUGGGAUGGUUAUACAGGCUGUCAAAACAGUAUCUGGAUAUGAUGCAGCAAAUCACACUUACCGCACUCCAAGCCUUGCUCUUAAGCUCGGUCACUCUUUGAACAAGAUAUGUGAAAUCAUACACUGUAGAGCGUUAAUGGCCGAAGACGAUGCAAGGAUCAAGUCAACCCAGACUUUCAAAAAGUUGUAUAAUUCUAAGUGGUCGGAACUUGUGUCUCAUGGAGCUUUAACCACUUUACAUGAAGGACAUUUCAAUAAACCAUCCACCCUCCCGUUUACUGAAGAUGUUCAGCGUCUUCAUCAACAUCUUGAAACAAUGGUUGAUUUAGCUUCUGGCAACUUGAAGAAGACUGCAUCAACACAAGUAUAUGGAGAACUGUGCAGAUCGACUCUUGCCAAAAUUAUACUCUUCAAUCGAAGGCGUGGAGGAGAAGUUGCAAGGAUGCAGCUAAAAAAUUUCUUAGAGAGGGACACAGCUCCUCUUCACAAAGAUGUUGCUGUUGGGCUCACACAAUUUGAGCAGAAACUUUGUGCCCAUUUUAGUCGAGUGGAAAUUAGGGGUAAAAAAGGGCGUAAGGUAGCAGUGCUGCUAUCCCCAGACAUCGUUGAUGCUUUAACACUUCUUAUAAGCAGAAGACAAGAGUGUGGAGUUCCACAAGACAAUACCUUUCUUUUUGCAAGACCCCGGUGUUUGACUCCGUAUCGAGGACAAGACUGUCUGAGGAUUUACGCAGAUGAGUGUGGUGCUCAAAAUCCUGAACUCCUCCGGUCAACACAAUUACGGAAGCAUGUUGCAACUUUGUCGCAGAUCCUUAACCUGAGAAACCAUGAGUUGGAUCAAGUCGCAGACUUCUUGGGCCAUGAUAUACGUGUCCACAGAGAAUACUACAGACUUCCAGAGGCUACAACCCAGCUGGCCAAAAUAUCUAAACUGUUGCUUGCCAUGGAGAAAGGUUCUCUUACUAGUCUUCAAGGCAAAACACUAGAAGAGAUUGACAUUGAAGAAAACCUAGACUUAACUGAUUCCAAUCCAAGUGAUGACAGUGAUGCUGAGGAGACAGAUCAACCGACACAAAGUGAAAUUGGACUGAAGAGAGCUAGGCGACCUGUUGAGGAUUCUCCGGGCACCUCAGAUCGUAUGGAUGCUGACCCUGCCUCAGAAGGCCCAUCUCCAGCAAUUAACCAGAAAAGUAGGAAGAAGAUAAAGUGCAGCAGUAGGAAAGAGCAUGAACAAGCUGUCAUUCUUGAAAAUCCUGCUGAAAAGAAGGAUGCCAGAAGGAAACAAAAACAGCCAUGGUCUCCAACUGAAAUCGCAGCAGUAAUGAGACAUUUUAAAAGCCACAUUACACAGGGAAAACUCGCCACUAAAAUUGAUUGCCAGCAGUGCAAGAAUGCUGAGCAUCCUGCUUUGUCUAAUCGCUCUUUACAAAACAUCAGAGACUUUGUCAGGAAUAGGGGUUUGACACUAAGAAAGAGACAGGCACAAAAUACUUAGUCAGAAUUUUGGUGGCGCUGUUCAUUUUGUUUUGUUUUGUUUUAUAUGUAUGAGCAAGGUUAUAAACUUAUGUUUAGUGAUAUAAUGUGCUUUGUUCA